AAAAUGUUAACAAUCUCCGAGAGGUCGGGCCUCGUGGGCGCUCGUCGACAUGCUGAUUUCCUUCACACUGAGACCAUUGCGGAGUAGAGGUAACGCCGAAGAUGUCUACAGCGACUAAAGAAGUCGUACCGUCGGUACAAGUGUUCGGCAGAAAGAAAACUGCCACAGCUGUAGCUCAUUGUAAGCGAGGAAAUGGGUUACUCAAGGUAAAUGGCCGUCCUCUUGAGCACAUUGAACCCAGAACUCUUCAGUACAAGCUCAUGGAGCCUGUCCUCCUCCUUGGUAAGGAAAGAUUUUCCAAUGUGUCCAUAAGAGUCCGUGUUAAGGGAGGUGGACAUACUUCCCAGAUUUAUGCCAUUCGUCAAGCUAUUUCAAAAUCUCUUGUAGCUUACUACCAGAAGUAUGUAGAUGAAGCUUCCAAGAAGGAGAUCAAGAAAAUCCUCAUUGAUUAUGAUAGAUCCUUGCUAGUUGCUGAUCCAAGAAGAUGUGAACCCAAGAAGUUUGGUGGUCCGGGUGCCCGCGCUCGUUACCAAAAAUCAUACCGUUAAAGCCUUUGUAUGGAUUGCUUUUUCAAUUAUAUCUGAAAAGGCUU